AUGUUAAAACCCGUGAUAGCAAUAGUGCUUUGUAUAAGUGUAACAUUCGCAGCAACAUUACACGAUGCAUUUACCUUCAAAUGUUCAGCAGCUAUGGUAUGCGUUGACAAACCGAACUGCGAUAUUAAUGGAAUUAUCGUCAAAACAACCGUCACAUUAACGGCCGAAGAAGAAGCUUUCCGUCAACCGUUGUUGCCUUGCAAAAAAAUCGACGGAAAUUACGGCGUUUGUUGUCGCGAUCCGGAUUAUCGUGACGAUUGGCCAUCGUCGAAAAUUCCUCAUACUCCGUCAAUCACAACUCCUUCUACGACAACUCCUUAUACUCCGUCAACUCCUUCUUCGACAACUCCUCAUACUCCGUCAAUCACAACUCCUUCUUCGAAAACUCCUCAUACUCCGUCAAUUACAACUCCUUCUACGACAACUCCUCAUACUCCGUCAAUCACAACUCCUUCUACGACAACUCCUCCUAACUUUUAUACUCGACAACUCCUCCUACUCCCAAUCACAACUCCUUCUACGACAACUCCUCAUACUCCGUCAAUCACAACUCCUUCUACGACAACUCCUCAUACUCCGUCAAUUACAACUCCUUCUACGACAACUCCUCAUACUCCGUCAAUUACAACUCCUUCUACGACAACUCCUCAUACUCCGUCAAUCACAACUCCUUCUACGACAACUCCUCAUACUCCGUCAAUCACAACUCCUUCUACGACAACUCCUUAUACUCCGUCAACUCCUUCUUCGACAACUCCUCAUACUCCGUCAAUUACAACUCCUUCUACGACAACUCCUCAUACUCCGUCAAUCACAACUCCUUCUACGACAACUCCUCAUACUCCGACAAGCACAACUCCUUCUACGCCCGUCACAACUUCUUCUAAAACUACUCUUCCAAUAACGACGACGCCAAAAACGCCUCCUCCUCCUUAUUCAAACAUUGAUAAGCCCGAUGAAUCACGAGGAUGCCCUUCAAGAAAUCGAACUGCCAUGCCCGACAAAGUCUUCAAACCAUACGAUUCCUCAGAUUUCGAAGCAGGAGCAGGUGAAUUCCCAUGGCAAGGUGCCGUCUUCACCCAAUCCGGUCAAUUUUUGUGCUCGUGUUAUCACACGAUUUACAGCACGUGCACAACAACCGCUUCGUGCAUCAAAGAAUAUGUCGCAUCCGAACUAAAAGUUGCUGUCGGUAUCUACAACAUUGCUGACCCGUUGAGCGUGUUUGAGUUCAAAAAAGGCGACAAGAAUCCCCAAAUUUACGGAGUCAGCGUAAUUGCCUUCGAUCCAAAGUACAAUAGUAAAGUAACGACAAAGAACGACAUCGCCAUUUUACAAUUGAACACAAAAGUAAAUUACAAUUAUUACACGAAAUUUAUUUGCUUGGAUGAACAUUAUGCCAUUCCUUUCUUCAACUAUGAUGAUUGCGUUGUUACUGGAUGGGGAGAAAGUAACACUCUUCACUAUAUCGACGUCGAACUUUUGAGCGAAUCUGAAUGCAAAUCUGCUGUACCUGAUUUUGAUCCGAAAGCCAUGUCAUGUGCCAAACCCAAUCAUGAUGUAUGUAAAUUAGCUGGAUUCGGAGGAGGAAUGCAUUGUCGUGAAACGGGAAAACGCAACAAAAAGUCCGUCGAUAUCUAUUUGCUUAAAGGAGUAUAUAGUGCUGUGGAUUGCGGCAAAAAUAUCAUCACUUUCUCAAAAAUUGACUUUAAAUGGUUCAAUGACGCCUUGCUGAACCCAUCAAAUUAUACAAAUCACGAUUCCGCAUCCUCAAAUAAAAUUAGAAAAUAA